CGACUCAUUCGAUUCUGAUCUCCUAAAAAACCUACCUUUUGACCACCUUAGCUGGUUAGUUUGUUACUCUCUCUCUCUUUCUCUGUCUUUCUCUCUCUUACCAAAACUUACCCAUUCUGUUUGUUGCUUCUCUCUCUCUCUAUUUUUUCUUUUUUCUUUUUUUUUGCCCUUUUCUUCUUCUAUCUCUGCAUCGGUGGGUAUGGUCAUGACCGUCCAUUAAAACCCUAAUUUCCAUAUCUAUACACUCUUCACUCCACAGAAACAAAAGCUGAAAGGGAUUAAAAGUAGGUAUAUAUGUCCUUCAAUCAAUCAAGGGCCGAUAAGAGCGAGACGCAGUAUCGGAAACCAGGACGAUCCGGAGGUUCUAAUCAGCAGCGGACCUCCUUAGGUGCUUACGGUAAGGGCGGCGGCGGGCCUGCCCCUUCACCGUCUUCUUCUUCUGUUUCUUCCAAUCGGAGUUUCAAGAAGUCUAACAAUGUUCAAGGAGAACAAUCUAGGGUAAACUUACCAGCUGUGAGUUCUUCCGAUUCUGCUAAUGUUUCUGCGUCCCGCAACGUACAGAAUGGUGCCCAUGCACAAUCUUCAUUACAUGGAGCUUCCGAUGCACCUGUUUCAAGUGGUACUGCUAAGCCAAAUGAAACACCCAUCACUCAGAGGAGUAGCCGAGCUGUUCCUAAGGCUCCGACUUCUCAAUCCGCCACCUUGAUCUCUGAUACUGCGUCACCUAUGACGCCUGCUAAAGCCCCUGGAGAUGCAUCUAAGGCAUUCCCAUUUCAGUUUGGGUCCAUAAGUCCCGGUUUUAUGAAUGGGAUGCAGAUUCCUGCUCGAACGAGCUCAGCUCCUCCUAAUUUGGAUGAGCAGAAGCGUGACCAGGCGCUCCAUGAUACACUUAGAUCUGUGCCUCCAUUGCCAACUCCUGCUCCUAAGCAACAAGUACCAAGGAAGGAUAUAGGUGUUGUUGACCAUUCUAGUGCUGGGGAGGCUCAUCCAAUGGCCAAAGCCAAGAAGGAUGUCCAAGUCUCAACUACACUGCCUGUGAGCCAGACACAAAAACCAUCUGUUCAUCCACUACCUAUGUCUUCCAUGCAAAUGCCUUUUCACCAACAACCAGUCCCUGUGCAGUUUGGCAGCCCUAAUCCGCAGAUUCAGUCACAAGGUGUCACGCCAAGUUCACUUCAAAUGCCUAUGCCAAUGGCGGCAUUACCAAUGGGAAAUGCUCCUCAAGUGCAACAGCCAAUGUUUGUUCAAGGUCUUCAACCCCAUCCAAUGCAGCCUCAGGGAAUAAUGCAUCAGGGCCAGGGAUUGGGUUUUGCACCUCCCAUGGGUCCUCAGAUGCCUCCUCAGUUAGGAAACUUAGGAAUUGGGAUGUCAUCACAAUAUCCUCAACAACAGGGGGGGAAAUUUGGUGGUCCUCGUAAAACAACUGUCAAGAUUACUGAUCCAAAAACACAUGAAGAGCUGAGGCUUGAUAAGCGGACAGACACAUAUGCAGAUGGUGGAUCAUCAGCCCUUAGGCCUCAUCCUAAUAUGCCUCCUCAAACCCAGCCAAUUCCAUCAUUUGCGCCUGCUCAUCCAAUCAAUUACUAUUCCAAUUCUUAUAAUCCAAAUAAUCUAUUUUUUCAAACUUCAAGCUCUUUACCACUGACCAGUGGCCAGAUAGCUCCCAAUUCUCAGCCGCCUAGGUUUAACUACACUGUUAGCCAAGGUCCACAAAAUGUAUCAUAUGUGAAUCCACCUGUCCUUAAUUCUUUGCCUGUUAACAAGUCUGGGACUUCAAUGCACGGUGUGGUAGAAACAUCAAAUUUGGAUCAUACUCGUGAUGCACAUAGUUUUGUCUCAUCUGCUUCUUCAGGAACAGUACAGGUGAAGGUGAAACCAACAGCUACUUUUAUUGGGGAGAAAGCUGUGGACUCACUGUCAUGCAAGAGUUCAUCUGCAAUUGAAAAGGAUGGAUAUGGUAAACCUUCAAGGCCCUCUUUGGAAGCUAACUUAUCUGAUGUUCAAAAGGAUUCAGAGAAAGUUCCAGAAAUUUCUUUGCAGCAUUCAAAACCUGGUAGUGAACCUUCAGCAUCCAAGUUGUUGCCUGUGGAAUCUAGACAAGCUGUGGCAGGUGCUGGUGAUAAUAUGCCUUCCAAUUCGUCAUUACCUCCUGCAUCUGUUCAAUCUGAGGAAUUAAUGCUUGCUGGGGGAAACACUGAAGGCAAAAGAAACUCCACUCUGAGUAGGUCAAACUCCAUUAAGGAUCAUCAGGUGAAGCAAGGCAAAAAAGGGUAUAUCCAGACCCAGAAUCAGAUUGGCGGGCAAUCUAGCUCGAUUGCAAGCUUUCCUUCUCAUAAUAUAGAACAGGGAAUAUCUUCCAACAGUGGAGCUCUUUCUUCAUCAAUAGUUGGUGAAGGUUUGACAGAAUUACGCCAGGAAUCUGUUCCAGUGACCAGCGCUUCAACUUUUGAUGUUUCUGAAGACAAGUUUGAUGAAUAUGGAAAGGGCUUCAAUGGUAUUCCUUCUGAAGUCUCUGGUUCUCAAGGAAUUGUUGAUGUUGCAGAUGUUGCUCGUCCAGCUAAGGUAGAUGAUGCUUUCCUGCUGGAACGUCUUAAUAAUGGAACUCCAGGAUCUGAAAGGCAAGGAGAAAAGGGAUUGCCUAAAGGUCCUGAACAAGAUGGUAACCGCUUGGACAUCUCUUCAGAGUCUAUUUGUAAAAGAUCUAUAGACUUAAUUAGUCAAAGUAAAAGGGGAUCAGCUAUGACAGGUACAGCUUUUGGCAAUGAGAUUCAGAAUUUAGAGACCAUGCAGGAGCUAGAUGAAUCUGUGACUUGCCACGCAGAAAAUGACAGGUUGUCCAAUAACGUGGGUGCUUCUACAUCCAGGAAUUUGGAAUCCGCAGAUGUUGGAAAGUUCUCUGCUGAUGGCAACCUGACAUUGGAUGCAUCUUCAAGCAAGAGUGAUAAUCUGGGUGAUAAAGAAGUAGCUGUUGUGAAAUCUGGAGCACUGGAUCAUCAAUUUGUCCCAGUUACAACUCUGGAUCUUUCAGAGGCAACAUCAAAGAAUGAAGUUGUGGAAAAUAGUGGUAUUGGCUUGGUCUCCCUUGCAGUAUCCAGUUCCAAGGACAAAGCUGUUGACCUGACUAGAACAAAGGGUACCUCUGCCAAACUGAAGAAGAAAAGAAGAGAAAUUCUUCAAAAAGCUGAUGCUGCAGGGACAACUUCUGAUCUUUACAUGGCAUAUAAAGGUCCUGAAGAGAAGAAAGAAAGUGUUGCUUCUCCUGAAGUAGUGGAGAACAUCUCGACCAGUUCUAAUAUGACUCAGGCACUUGUACGUGCACCUGAGUUGGACUCCCUGACAAGUGAGACUAGUAUCCAAAAUAAAGCUGAGCUAGAUGACUGGGAAGAUGCUGCUGACAUCUCUACACCAAAUCUGGAAACUUCAGAUGAUGGGGAGCAGGCUUUUGGCGGAUUUAUGCAGCAUGGCAAAGUUGAGAAUGCUAAUACAGCCAAAAAAUAUUCCAGAGAUUUUCUUUUGAAAUUCUCUGAGCAUUUUACUGAUCUUCCAGAUAAUUUUGAAAUUACAUCUGAUAUUGCUGAGGUUUUUAGUCUUUCUCAUUUUGUUGAUCGGGAUUCAUAUCCUAGCCCUGGACGAGUUGUCGACAGGUCAAACAGUGGAUCUCGGAUGGACCGUCGUGGAAGUGGGCUGGCUGAUGAUGAUCGAUGGAGUAAACUACCUGGCCCUUUUGGCAUGGGGAGGGAUUUACGUGUGGAUAUUGGUUUUGGAGGUAGUGCAGGGUUUCGACCUGGCCAAGGAGGAAAUUAUGGUGUUUUAAGGAAUGUGCGUGCACAGACUCCUCAGUAUGCAGGAGGUAUCCUGUCUGGGCCUAUGCAUUCACUUGGUCCUCAGGGAGGUAUGCAGAGAAAUAGCCCAGAUGCCGAUAGGUGGCAGCGUGCUACGAAUUUUUUCCAGCAAAAGGGAUUGAUUCCUUCUCCUCAAACUCCAUUGCAGAUGAUGCACAGGGCUGAGAAAAAGUAUGAAGUGGGUAAAGUGUCAGAUGAAGAAGAGGCGAAGCAAAGGCAGUUGAAAGCUAUCUUGAACAAGCUAACUCCUCAGAAUUUUGAAAAACUUUUUGAGCAAGUGAAAGAGGUUAAGAUAGACAAUACUACCACUCUCACUGGUGUCAUCUCACAGAUCUUUGACAAAGCCUUAAUGGAGCCUACUUUCUGUGAAAUGUAUGCUCACUUCUGCUAUCAUCUGGCUGCAGAGUUGCCUGAUUUUACUGAAGAUAAUGAAAAGAAAAAUUUCAAGAGAAUACUUCUUAACAAGUGCCAGGAGGAAUUUGAGAGAGGGGAGAGAGAGCAAGAAGAAGCUAAUAAAGCUGAUGUGGAUGGUGAGAUGAAACAGUCUGCAGAGGAAAGAGAAGAAAAAAGAGUUAAGGCACGAAGAAGAAUGCUUGGCAACAUAAGACUAAUUGGGGAGUUGUAUAAGAAGAAAAUGUUGACUGAGAGAAUAAUGCAUGAAUGCAUCAAAAAGCUCCUGGGUCAGUAUCAGAAUCCUGAUGAGGAAGAUGUUGAGGCGUUAUGCAAGCUAAUGAGCACAAUUGGAGAGAUGAUUGACCAUAACAAAGCCAAGGAGCAUAUGGAUUUCUAUUUUGAUAUGAUGACAAAGCUAUCAAACAACAUGAAACUGUCUUCAAGGGUUAGGUUCAUGUUGAAGGAUGCCAUUGAUCUGAGAAAGAACAAAUGGCAGCAGAGGAGGAAGGUUGAAGGGCCAAAAAAGAUAGAGGAAGUACACAGAGAUGCUGCACAAGAACGACAACAUCAAUCUGGUAGGUUGGCUCGCAAUCCUAGCAUCAAUCCCCCUGCUAGGAGGACACCUAUGGACUUUGGGCCAAGAGGAUCAGCGAUGUUAUCUUCCCCAAAUUCUCAGAUGGGUGGUUUCCAUGGUUUGCCUUCUCAGGUUCGUGGGUAUGGGACCCAGGAUGUACGUUUUGAGGAGAGGCAGUCAUACGAAGGUAGGACUUUGUCAGUCCCCUUGUCUCGGCCUCUUGGUGAUGAUUCAAUUACUUUGGGUCCCCAAGGUGGGCUAGCCAGAGGAAUGUCCAUUAGAGGGCCACCUGUAAUGACAAGUGCUCCUGCAGCCGAUAUUUCCUCUAGCCCAGGUGACUCGAGAAGAAUUGCAGCUGGUUCAAAUGGUUUUAGUGCUGUGUCUGAGAGACCAGUUUACAGUUCAAGGGAGGAAUUUGUCCCAAGAUAUGCUCCAGAUAGAAUUGCAGUUCCAGCGGCUUAUGAUCAAGUGAGUGCUCAAGAUCGUAAUAUGAGUUAUGUUAACAGGGAUCCUCGUAAUCAAGAUCACACUUUUGAUAGACCCCUUGCAACAUCACCACCUGCACGAGCUCAGGUACAAUCUUUUGGCCAAAAUAUUCCAUCAGAAAAGGUGUGGCCUGAAGAACACCUGCGAGACAAGUCAAUGGCAGCAAUUAAAGAAUUUUACAGUGCCAGAGAUGAGAAAGAAGUCGCUUUAUGCAUCAAGGAAUUGAAUUUCUCAAGUUUCCAUCCUGCAAUGAUUGCACUAUGGGUGACUGAUUCAUUUGAGAGGAAGGACAUGGAAAGAGAUGUUCUGGCUAAACUUCUUGUCAAUCUUGCGAGGUCUCCGGAUGGGAUAUUAAGUCCUCCCCAGCUCGUCAAAGGGUUUGAGUCGGUUCUCACCACUUUGGAGGAUGCUGUGAAUGAUGCCCCGAGAGCGGCGGAAUUUCUUGGCCGUAUGUUUGCAAAAGUCGUAUUAGAAAAUGUGGUGUCUUUGGAAGAAAUUGGACUGCUAUUAUAUGAAGGUGGGGAGGAGCCAGGUCGUCUCCUUGAAUUUGGAUUGGCAGGGGAUGUUCUUGGAAGUAGUUUGGAGAUGAUAAAAGCGGAGAAAGGAGAGGGUUUCUUAAAUGAGCUCCUAAUGAGUUCCAAAUUGCAUCUGGAGGAUUUCCGGCCUCUGGAUCCUUUCAGAUCAAGGAUACUAGAAAAUUUUAUUUAGAUGAUAGUGAUGCUCAUUGUACCUUUUGUUAGAAAAAAGAAGAAAGAAAUCUCAUGGUCACUGUUGCAUCUAGGUUCCAUAUAAUUUGCAAAAAUAUUUUUCAACAUAGGGUGGGUGAUUGGGGAUUUUUAUAUGGGGCUUUCAUCUCCAUGUCCUAAUAUUAUUCUUUAAACUAUUCGGUGCAAUUAUGAAAAGGUUCAAUUGAGCGUCGAAUUUUGAA